AUGUUCGCACGAAAGUGGUAUCACUCGUUUUCUGCUGAUCUUUCUAUUCGCCGACUCAAGUUACGCAAGAUAGAGACAAUCACGAUCUGGUCUGUAGGCCAUCUGCGCCUGGCCAUCGAAGACGGGAAAGUCCAUAACGCACAUGUUCUUGCUCAGCAGCUACGGGACAUGCCGGAUGACUGGUGUUUCGUGGCUGCUAAUCAUACGGAGACGGUCUACGCCGACGACCAGCUGAUCAGCGGCGUCACACCCACCGACCUGAAUAGACUUGGCCACCUGGAUAAGGAAUUUUACCUUCUGAUCGAAGACGUAGCUGGCGCAAGUAGCCAGGAUCCCCAACGCCCUCGGGAGUUCGUCUUAGCGUCUCGCCUCGACGUCUCGGCGGUGCUCGCCUAUUGA